AUGGCCGAAGAGAAAAUGACGGCGAACAUUCCGGCGGACGCGGGAGACGAGGGACGCGUGUUCGUCGUCGAGUCGAAUCGUCGCGAUGAGCUCAUCAAGAUGGCGCUCCUCAUCGUUCUCAUCGUCGUUUUUCCGGUAUGUGCAUGUUGUGAGAUGGAUAGUAGUGAAGGGAAUGCGUGAGAACCGGUAUUAGGCUGUAUUAAAGUUGAGCGGAACAGGUAUAUCAGUAGAUACUGUAACGCAUCUCAAUGCCAUUCAUUCAAAGCAGUGUAUCUCGGUUGGCGGGGGAGAUAUCAAAAAGUUGCCAACUGAUAAAUUGCUCAGAAAGACAUUCUGCAUAUUUUAUCAAUUGACAAUUUUUUGAUAGCUCUACCGGCAACCAAGAUAGGCUGCUUUGAAUGAAUGACAUUGGGGUGCCCUUCUAUUACAGUAUUAACUCUAAUUGUGCACUUCUCUAGUAUAUUUCCUACUAGAAGAAUUCGUUUGAAAUCAGUAACUAAACUGCUUCAGACAAACUGGAUUCUCGCGUUUUCGUUCAUUUACCGGUUUUGAGAAGUUCAAGAGCUAUUCGGGAGAGAAUGCACUUUUGUUCCUUCGAUUCCUUCCAUCAAUACCUCAAAAUGAGCCGCCCAUUCUCUCUCUCUCUCUCUCUUUCGCAUCCGAAUACAUGAAAAUCCGGCUUAGGAAACUAUAAUAACACGACUACAAGACGAGAUAAUCCCCGUGACAUAUUCUGAAAAUAGAACACGCGAGCACGUGCUCUCUUUCUCAUUGUCUAGACGCCCGAAAUGAAUGGGGGAGCGGGAAGGGAUCAUGAGCCAAAAAGGACGAAAAAUGUGAGGGCUUUUCACAGAAACCCUCUGGAGAUGAGUUUGAAUAAAGUUCCAAUUGUUUGCAGCCGGCGGCAGUGGCGGUGCACGCGAACGAAUGCAACAUGCACGUGUUCAUCUCGCUCAUCCUCGUCUUCUUCUUCAUGAUUCCGUCGUACAUCCACGCCAUCUGGUACUGCUUCUUCCGCAAACCCACUCAGAUGACCAUCGCCUGA